AUGGCUCCGCUCGCUUCUUCUCUUCAGGAUCCCUCGCUUCUGAUCGAGAAGGCGUACAUCAACGGUGAAUGGGUCUCAUCAAAGUCAGGGGAGACAUUCGAGGUCCGGAACCCCGCCACGGACGAGGUGCUUGGCUCGUGCCCGGAAUCAAACCUUGACGACCUCAACGACGCAAUCGCCGCCGCAGAAGCAGCAUUCCCCCUGUGGCGAGCUCAGAGCGGUCGCGCCCGGGCGCGCAUCCUGCGUAAAUGGUUUGACCUGAUCACCGCUAGCAAGGUAGACAUUGGGGCAAUUAUAACUGCAGAAAAUGGCAAAGCCAAGCCUGACGCCGAGGGCGAGGCCGUCUUCACUGCUGGAUUCUUCGAGUGGUUUGCCGAGGAGGCGCCUCGCCUGUACGGCGAUGUCGUGCCUCACAGCAACCCUACUUCCAGAACCACAAUCCUGAAGCAGCCAAUUGGCGUAUGUGGUCUCAUUCUCCCAUGGAAUUUCCCUAUGGCUAUGGGUGCUCGCAAGAUCGCCGCAGCCCUGGCUGCCGGAUGCACUGUUGUCGCCAAGUCAGACGGUCUCACUCCGUUUUCCUCCAACACUUUGGCUCUUCUGGGUGAGCGCGCAGGUCUGCCAAAGGGUGUCUUGAACAUCGUCACUUCUCUGAAAAAUACCCCCAAGCUGGGACUCGCAAUGUGCGAGUCGGACGUCAUCAAGAAAAUUUCCUUCACUGGAUCUACCAGAGUUGGCAAGCUGCUGAUGAAGCAGUCUGCCAGCACGCUCAAGAAACUCAGUCUCGAGUUGGGGGGCAACGCCCCCUUCAUCGUUUUCGACGAUGCAGACAUCAAGACGGCCGUGCAGAGCGCUCUCAUCGCCAAAUUCAAGGUCACCGGCCAAACCUGUGUUUGUGCCAACAGGAUUUACGUCCAGGAGGGGAUUUACGAUGAGUUCGCCAAGCAGUUUGUCGAGGGUGUCAAGAGCUUCCGUGUAGGUCCCGGGACCGACCCCAACGUCACGCACGGUCCCUUGACCACCAGCGUGGCCAAGGUCGAGGAGCACGUGCAGGAUGCUGUGUCCAAGAAGGCCAAGGUCCUUCUUGGUGGCAACCGCCUGCCCAACCUCGGGAAUAACUUCUAUGAGCUGACUGUUCUGGGUGAUGUUGACGACACCAUGGUCGUCUCCAGCGAGGAAACAUUUGGUCCCUUGGCUGCCAUUACCAAGUUCAAGACCGAAGACGAGGUGAUCAAGAGGGCCAACAGUGUUGAGGUUGGUCUAGCUUCAUACCUCAUGACCACUGAUCUCAACCGCUACCACCGUGUCACUGAAAGGCUGGAGUUUGGUAUGGUGGCAGUUAAUACUGGCGUCAUUGCUGACCACGGUGCUCCAUUUGGCGGUGUUAAGCACUCCGGCUUUGGUCGUGAGGGAAGCAAAUACGGCUGCGACGACUACUUGGUGCACAAGACAAUUGUGACCGGGGGCAUUGACACAAAGUACAAUAGCCUCUUAUAA